AUGUCGUCCGCCGUCAUCAACGCCGACGACCCGGACGCCCUCGAGCCCACCCUGCAGUCCAUCCUCGACCAGCGCUCCCUGCGCUGGAUCUUCGUCGGCGGCAAGGGCGGCGUCGGCAAGACCACCACCUCGUGCUCCCUCGCCAUCCAGCUGGCCAGGGUCCGCCGCUCCGUCCUGCUCAUCUCCACCGACCCGGCCCACAACCUCUCCGACGCCUUCUCGCAAAAGUUCGGCAAGGAGGCCCGCCUCGUCGAGGGGUUCGACAACCUCAGCGCCAUGGAGAUCGACCCUAACGGCUCCAUCCAGGACCUGCUGGCCGGCCAGGGCGGCGACGAGGGCGGCGGCGGCGGCGGCGGCGGCCAGGACCCCAUGGCCGGCAUGGGCAGCAUGAUGCAGGACCUCGCCUUUGCCAUCCCGGGCAUCGACGAGGCCAUGUCCUUCGCCGAGGUGCUCAAGCAGGUCAAGUCCCUGUCCUACGAGACCAUCAUCUUCGACACGGCGCCCACGGGCCACACCCUGCGCUUCCUGCAGUUCCCCUCGGUGCUCGAGAAGGCCCUCGCCAAGGUCUCGCAGCUGUCGUCCCAGUACGGCCCCCUGCUCAACGGCGUCCUCGGCUCCUCGGGCGCCCUGCCCAACGGCCAGAACCUCGGCGAGAUGAUGGAGAAGCUCGAGUCGCUGCGCGAGACCAUCGCCGACGUCAACGCCCAGUUCAAGGACGAGAGCCUGACCACCUUCGUCUGCGUCUGCAUCCCCGAGUUCCUGUCGCUCUACGAGACGGAGCGCAUGAUCCAGGAGCUCGCGAGCUACGGCAUCGACACGCACUGCAUCGUCGUCAACCAGCUGCUCUACCCGGGCGCCGGCAGCGCCUGCGAGCAGUGCAACGCCCGCCGCAAGAUGCAGAAGAAGUACCUCGACCAGAUCGAGGAGCUCUACGACGAGUUCAACGUCGUCAAGAUGCCCCUGCUCGUCGAGGAGGUGCGCGGCAAGGAGAGGCUCGAGAAGUUCAGCGAGAUGCUCGUCAAGCCGUUUGUGCCGCCGGCGUGA